GUGCUGGGGCUGAGCAGACGAGGGACAGGAGCUGCUCUGGAGGUGUCUGGAGGCCCAGUGAGCCCCGGACCCGGGAAGCCCAAGGAGGUGACGCUGAGGCAGCAAGACCUCAGAGAGAGGGUGCGAGUGCCACAGACGACUGUGCAGCACGCCAGGCUAGGCUCCUGUUAGGAGGGGGUGCCUGUGCCCAGGCGGCGGCUCAGAGGCAGCUGCUCCAUGCAGAACUGAAGCUGGUCCUGCAGAAGAAGGGAGAGAGGAAGCAGGAGCCUGGGGCCCAGGUGACUCCUAGCAGCGCCAUGGAGGUCAGGAGCCGGAGUGCUGAGGAGCUGAGGCGGGCGGAGUUGGUGGAAAUCAUCGUGGAGACGGAGGCGCAGACGGGAGUCAGCGGCAUCAACGUAGCGGGCGGCGGGAAGGAAGGAAUCUACAUCCGCGAGCUGCGCGAGGACUCGCCGGCAGCCAGAAGCCUGAGCCUGCAGGAAGGGGACCAGCUGCUGAGCGCCCGCGUGUUCUUUGAGAACUUCAAGUACGAGGACGCACUACGCCUGCUGCAAUGUGCCGAGCCUUACAAGGUCUCCUUCUGCUUGAAGCGCACUGUGCCCACCGGGGACCUGGCGUUGCGGCCUGGGACCGUGUCUGGCUACGAGAUCAAGGGCCCACGGGCCAAGGUGGCCAAGCUGGUACGCGUGCUUAGCCCGGCCCCAGCGCUGGACUGUCCCGGCGAUCUCGUCUCUGCGCCAUGAACCCUACUCCCUUACACCGCGGGCCAGCCUGGCCCUCUGUCUUGUCACUAACCCAACGCUAAUCCCACCCUUUGCCUCCAGUUCUGUGACCCUAAACUCCUCCCUGGGUGGGGGACCCACCCAGACCAGGGCCCUCACCCACUUUGGAGAGGUGUCCUCACUCUCAGCUCCAGGCUUGCGAGGGGUCCUGCACCAGGGGUUUCCAAAUCAGGAUUCCAGGUUUCAGCCUGACUGCUCCUCACUUACUGCUGAGUGACCCUGGACAAGUUUCUUUUCUUCCGUAGGCCUCAGUUUCCCCAUCUCUAGAAUGAGGGUAUUGAGGAAAAUCCUGAUUGAGGACCUAGAAGUCUUGGGUCCCAGUUUCUACAUUCCUGUUGACUCACUGUAAGAUUCUAAAUGAAUAUCUUCGCCUUCAAGGGCAGUAUGAUGAAAUGACAGGCAGGAAGUGGGGAUGGUGUUUUGGGGACAAAAUGCUGACUCCAUCACAUCCCCAGCCUGGUACAAUACCAGGUGGGGCUCCCCCUGUCCACCUUAGGCCUCACUGUCCCACUGCCUCCCGCCUCUCUCCUCUCUCCCCAGAACAUCCAGAGUCUGUCCCCUGUGAAGAAGAAGAAGAUGGUGGUGCCUGGGGCCCUUGGGGUCCCUGCAGAUCUGGCCCCCGUUGACGUCGAAUUCUCCUUCCCCAAGUUCUCCCGUCUGCGUCGGG